AGUAAGGAUGCCGAGUCCUUUAAAUGUACGUGCAAAGAUGGCAGCUCAUGUCGACUUGCUCCGUGCAAAAGUGGAAGAAGAAAAGAUGAGGGACAAUCUUCAAAGAUUCUUCAAAGAGAAGAAAAAGAAGAAGAAGAGGGACCUGUCACCGUCAGCUGUCAAGCGGGAGAGGUCGGAGAAAGAGGUGAAGAAAGUGAAGCUCCAUCAUCACCAUCACCAACACCAACACCACCAACAUGCUGAGCACCGGACCCAGCAGCAGCCGCAUCAGCUGCAGCAAAAUCCUCAACCGCGCAACUUCAACGGGGAUAAUAAGCAUGUCCUGCACAGCCACCACCACCACCACCACCACCAUAACCACAGUCUCUCCAACGGCACGAAGACAAGCCUUCAGCCGACUGUGCUUCCCUCUGCUCCGCCAGGGCAGCAGAGGCAGAGGAAGGUGCCGGAGGAGCAGCUGCUGCGGAAGAAACGACCGGUGCCACCUGAACCACCGGCUGCACUCUUCACUUUCACGCCUCUCAAAGUGGCCCAGGCCAAACCCCAACCCCAACCUCAACCCCAGGAUUACAAAGAAAAGCACAGAGAUAAAGACCUGAAUGUGAAGCUCAAGAAAGAAAACGCCGAAGCAAAUGUGAAGCAUGCAGAACUGAAGAAAAAUAAGGAGCCGAGGCCCCACAAUGAGAAUGUCAAGUCUCUAACACUGGAGGAAUACAUCCUGAAGAAGAAAAAGAAGAAGAAGAAGAAGCAGCACCGUGAGGAUGAGCACAGUGUCAAGAAGGUUCGGUACAUGCACAACAAGGCCGUUCAGACUGUAUGUGCGGGGCUUGAGGCGGAUCUCAUUCUGCCCGUUCACCCUGAUUCCUCUCCGUCUCCCAGCGUGAAGCAGGAAAGCAGUCGUCAACCUGCCAGAGACAACCGCCAACCCUACUUCCAUCAUCUCAAACUGGGACAUGUCUCCUUCCUCUCCCACCAAGACCACUACAUCCGCAGCUCCUGCCUUCAGACAGGCACCAGGUAUGGACGCUACAUGCAUGAGGAAAAGCAAGCCAAUGGCGGGGCGUCAGUCCUGCAUGCCUACGCUGAUGAGUUAGCUUGUCUCAGUCCGGCUGAGAUGGAGUGCUUUGCCCAAGAGUUCCUGGAGUUGGCCUUUGCUGAGGAGCCCAAAGGUGCAGCCUCGUAUGCCUUGACAGUGGUGCACAGUGCAGCCUCCUACAUACCUGACUUCCUGGAUUACUUUGCCUUUAACUUCCCCAACACACCAGUUAAAAUGGAAAUACUGGGCAAGAAAGACAUUGAGACCACCACUAUUGCCAACUUUCACUCUCAGGUGAACCGGACUUACUGUUCAGGAACGUACCGGGCCGGACCCAUGAGGCAGAUCAGUUUGGUGGGAGCUGUGGAUGAGGAAGUUGGAGACUAUUUCCCAGAGUUUCUUGACAUGCUGGAGGAGUCACCCUUUCUUAAGAUGACCCUACCAUGGGGAAGCCUUUCGAGUCUGAAGCUGGACUGUCGCUCUCAGAGUGAUGAUGGGCCCAUCAUGUGGGUGCGACCAGGAGAACAAAUGGUGCCCACCGCUGACAUGCCCAAGUCUCCUUUCAAGCGGCGCAGGUCUAUGAAUGAGAUAAAAAAUCUGCACUAUCUGCCAAGGACCAGUGAACCCAGAGAGGUUCUGUUUGAGGACCGCACUAGGGCCCAUGCCGACCAUGUGGGCCAGAGUUUUGAUUGGCAGAGCACUGCCGCUGUGGGAGUACUGAAGGCUGUGCACUUUGGAGAGUGGAAUAAUCGACCUCGGAUAACCAAAGAUGUGGUGUGUUUCCAUGCUGGGGACUUCAAUAAAGUAGUGCAAAUGCUGCAGCUGGAUCUCUAUGAGCCACCAGUAUCUCAGUGUGUCCAGUGGGUGGAUGAUGCUAAGCUCAACCAGCUGAGGAGAGAAGGCAUCCGCUAUAUUCGUGUCCAGCUCUGUGACGACGACAUUUAUUUCAUCCCGAGGAACGUCAUCCACCAGUUCAAGACGGUGUCUGCAGUCUGCAGCCUGGCGUGGCACAUCCGCCUCAAACAGUAUCAUGUGGAGGAGAGGGACAAGGCGGAAGAGCACCAGCCCAGCGAUCUCAGCCCCUCUACAGGCCGAGUCUCUUUCUUCUCUCCUGCCAGGCCCGACGCCACAGCAACCCCCUGUGUGCAACCACAAGGAGAUAUCAUAGGUGGGGUAGCCAAGACUGAAGAACUAGAGUUCCAGAGGCCAGCAACACCUCCCCAGGAGCCUCAGCCGGCACCUCCACAGCCCACAAAAUCUGCUUAUUUGCCAUCAACAUACCAGGAUCCCCACCUUUCCUUGGCACCAGUCCACUCUGGCUGUACAUUUUCAAGUCAGCCAGCCCUUCCGAAAAGUCACAGCCACACUGUAAGAUUCUCUAAAUGACUUCUGUUCACCCCCGCAACUUCUCCUUUUUAUCGUCAAUGGGAGGAGUGUAUCCGAAGGAAUUUGAGACAAAAACGGACAUAUGUUGUGUCAAUCAGGAAGCCUUUUAAUUUAAAUUAUUCUUAAAACUUUUUAAGAUUUUAAUGUUAGUUUAGAAAAAAAAAAGUCUCCAGAUGUUUUUUUCAGCCAAAGCAUAGUGUUAAAUGGGAGUAUGUAAUACUGCACAUUUACUUAUUUUGUAUUUGAUAGUCUCAUUCAAGAGGUGUGUAU